GUGGAUGUACCAAUGUGCAUCUUCGUUGCCAGCCUGCAGGCCAACGGCGACAACGACAACGUUUUUCCAUGCGGAUCCCCACCAAUGCUCCGGACACGUUUAUCGGUGCCGGACGAGUUUCAAGUAGUCUGAUGAUCGUUGAUAUGAGCUCGUAUGUUGGCCGGUAAACAAAAACAGCGACUACUUUUUCCAACUGUGAUCUGUGUUCCUUCUCCUACCUGCUUCUCUACUCACGUUCAUACAGUCUACAACAACAAACUCACAACAAUCUAACAAAAAUCACUACAUCUCACACAAUGGCAUCGGAACAACAACCCGUUCUUGUGCUCUCUGCCUCGCUGCACAACAAAGUCGCCCUCAUCACAGGUGCCGGCCGCGGUAUCGGUCGAGGCUGUGCCAUCGAGCUCGGCAAGCGCGGAGCAAGCGUUGUAGUCAACUACGCCAACAGCAAAUCCUCCGCCGACGAAGUCGUGAAGAUCAUCGAAGAAUGCGGCAGCGGCGCCAAAGCCAUCGCCAUCCAAGCCGACGUCAGCAAGAAAUCCGAAAUCGAGCUCCUCUUCCAGAAAACAAAGGAGCACUUUGGCAAGAUCGAUAUUGUGAUGAGCAACAGCGGCACAGAGUCUUGGGAUAAGACGGAAGAGAUUACGGAGGAGAAGUAUGAUCAUGUUUUCAACCUUAAUGCUCGCGCACAGUUUUUCGUUGGUCAGGCUGCGUGGAAGCAUCUUGAGGAUAAUGGACGCUUGAUUUUGAUGAGCUCGAUUGCGGCUGGGUUGUUGGGUGUUAAGGACCAUGUGCUUUACAAUGCUUCCAAGAUGGCGGUUAUUGGUAUGAUCAAGGCUUUUGCUACUGAUUUUGGUGCUCGGGGGAUUACGGUCAAUGGUGUGGCUCCUGGUGGAAUCAAGUCGGAUAUGUUCACGCAGAAUGCGUGGCAUUACAUUCCAGGCGGUUCGCCAGACUGGCCUGCUGAGAAGAUUGAGGGCCUCAUGGCUGAGCAUUGCCCUCUGAAGCGAUGCGCUACUCCAGAGGAUGUUGCAAGGACUGUUGCUUUCCUGGCCUCUGAGGAUGGUGGCUGGGUGAACGGACAGGUCAUCACGAUCUCCGGAGGUUCUUCUCAGUAAGCGCGGGCAGUGGGAGAUGCGCUACUCGCACAGUGCUGCGACUGCUCGUGCAUGCGGUGGGCUCCCUGCUGUCAUGAACCCAGCAAGCCAUAGUCCACAGUAUCGAUUCAGAAGCAUGGCACUGAACGAUUGAACACCAUGAAGAGCAUUCGUUUGCGCGACGUAGUCCAAUCUUGACAGAUAUCGGGGCCGUGAACUUUUACAUCGUUCCUAGUCUCGUCAGCUAUCGCCAUGAAUUCACUCAGCCAAACCUUUGUUCGCAUGAAGAACUUUGCGUGUCAUGGUGUGUAUAUGAUGUCGUGCUAUUGAUGCUAGAUGCUUCACCACAACGCGUAGGAGGAACCGAGCAAUGCCAGACCGUUAUCGUGCAUAUUCCAACAGUGGGCACCGGGACGGAACUCCGAUGCCUGCAGGAGACUCCAAAAUGCCAGCUGUGAGACUGCCACUUUCUGCUGCUGUGAAAACACAUCCAAGCUCAUCAAUCAUUCAAAGCGCAUGUGCACCCCAGGCCCUGGCAUUUCGGCAGUCUGGCAUGGACACAAGAUCGCUGGACUCUGUGAUGCCGUCGAUGGAUCUUCUCAGCUCAGCCAGCGGUUUUCGCCGGACUCGUAUCAAGCCUUGCUAAGCUGAUGAUUAUUUUAGGCCUCUGAUCCGGGACAAUUCGAG